AUGGAUACUUGGACAGCUCGCUACAAUGCAUCGCAGCUCAGUGCGGAGAAUCAAGUACGGGCUGAUAAGAAGUUCUUUGCGACUAGGACACGACCUUUCAGACCUGUGGUGGUAGGACUAGAUACGUCAGUACCAGCCACUCGUUACGUUCUCGAUACUGGAUUAAUCGAUUCUGGCUGGUCCGAAAAUCUGGAAGUCCAAGAUCACUCUACAGACUUUUGCAGAGCGGUACGAGACGUCAGUCUUAUAAUCUGCACAAGAGGUGCUAGUUAUGUAGGUUCUCGCAUCUUUUCUCGCAUCAUGAAGGCGAUCGAGAGGCCCAUGAAUCUCUGGAUGUUUUGUACCGUAUUCCGAAUGGUCCCUUGCGACGAUACUGCAGCAUCACUGCGAAGUCACGGGCUCGAGACGGAGAGGCUUCCUGGUGUUGUUCUUCGUCAACGUCGGUUUGUAUCAGCUUAA